AUGGCACAGGAGCUCGUGGCGUGCAACCUGGCCCCUGUCCAAGAGUACUCACAGGACGUGGGCAUGAAGACAGACCUGGUGACUAUGAACCCUUCGGUCAUCCAACGGGCCUUUGAGGACCUGGUGAAUGAGACUUGGAGGGAAAAGCUGCUGCAACGCCUCCACAGCCUCAACGGCAGCAUCCUCUGGAUCCCAGCGUUCAUGGCCAAGGGGGGCAAGGAGCGAGUUGAGUGGGUGAACGAGCUCAUCCUGAAGCAUCACAUCAACGUCAGGACCGCCUACCCCUCGCUGCGCCUGCUGCACGCCGUCCGAGGGUGA